AUGGACCAGGGCUGCGAGCUCCGGACACAUGUGGCCGCCCGCUUCUCCAACCGCGCGCGCGGCAGAUGCAGGACCGGCCCCAUGGAGAUCAAGGGUGCUGGGGGCUCAGGCCCAGGCUGGCGGGGAGCCUGCACCCUGGCUGUCAUCCUGCUCUGCCUACGCUCUCUCCUGCUGCACACUGAGGCGGCCGGGGCCACCACAGCGCCCGCCGCGGAGGUGUGUGGGAAGCCUGCCGUAACGGGGAGGAUCUUCGGUGGCCGGGAUGCACCUGAGAAGCGGUGGCCGUGGCAGGUCAGCCUGCUCUACAAUGGUCAGCACAUCUGUGGAGCUGCCCUCAUCAGUGCCUACUGGGUGGCCUCAGCUGCCCACUGUUUCCAAAUGUCCCAUGAUCCAUCUUCCUACAAGGUCCUGCUAGGGUACCAUCAGCUAAAAAGUCCUACCUCGCACAGUCAUCAGGCGUCAGUGUACCGAGUCUUCGUCCACACCGACUUUAACCAGCGUUACUACAUGGCGAGCGACAUCACCUUGUUGCAGCUGUAUCGGCCGGUGGUCUUUUCCGACUACAUCCAUCCCGUCUGCCUCCCGGGAAAUACCACCAAACUGGCCCCUCAUACCUCCUGCUGGAUAACUGGCUGGGGGAUGGUCACCGAGGAACGGUUCCUGUCUCCUCCCUACAAACUGCAGGAGGGAGAGGUUGGUAUCAUGGACAGCCACAUUUGUGCAUCGUAUUUCCAGGGACCAGAUCCUAGCAGCAGUAACUAUUCUAUACAUGAAGACAUGCUGUGUGCUGGGGACCUCAUGACAGGAAAGUCCAUCUGCCGAGGAGAUUCUGGGGGUCCCCUCGUCUGCCAGCUGAAUAAGACCUGGUAUCUGAUGGGGCUGUCCAGCUGGAGUCUGCCCUGUCAGCAGCCCAUAAGCCCCAGCGUCUUCACCAGGGUCUCUUACUUCUCCCAGUGGAUCACCGAAAAGAAGGCUUCCUCACCCAAUCCUGAUCCUUCUUCUGCUCCUCCUGAGAGCAAACCUCCUUCUGUGCCCAACUUUACUUCUCUGGGCAAUGUGCACAAGCCCAGGGGCUUCCUAACCCUUGUGACUUCACAGACCUUCCUCCUGCUGCUGAUUUUCCUCUGGACGUGGCGGCUGUGA